GCCCCAUUGCCGGCUGCGGGUCUCGAACCCGUGUCCUCCCGGCUCAGUCCUCCGGGACCAUAGAGAGGGCGGAAGGAGCGGGCGAGGCCGGCGGCGGUUCCCAUGGAGACGGAAGAUGGCGCCCAGGAGCCGCCAGCGCUCCUCGGCCCCGCUGCAGGUCCUGCUCUUCCUCAACGGCUGGUACAGCGCGACCUACUUCCUGCUGGAGGCCUUCAUCUUCGUGUACAAGGUGCUGCUGCUGCCCUAUCCCUUCACCAACCUGGCGCUGGACGUGGUGCUGCUCUUCCUCUACCUCGGCACUGAGGCGACGCGCAUCUUCUUCGGCUCCAAGGGCAACCUGUGCCAGCGGAAGGUUCCCCUCUGCAUCAGCCUGGCACUGACGGUGCCGGCAGCUGUGAUGGCCACCUAUUACCUGCUGCUGCAGACCUAUGCCCUGCGCCUGGAAGCCAUCCUCAACGCCAUCCUCCUCCUCUUCUAUGCCCUGGAGCUGCUGCUGGCUGUCCUGGCGCUCCUCUCCUUCUCCAGCGCGGAUUCAUACUGAGGCCCUGUGCCACGCCAAAGGACCAGGUACAGGAGGCACUGGGUGCUCAGCACCCCCCCGGUUGGGUGUCUCCCCAUCGGCCAGGAGUGACCUGCGAGGCAGCCCCCUCCCUGCUGCCCCCCAGGACGUGCACGGCAGCUCCAGGUACAGAGAAUUCCUAUUUUUUUUUGCUACCUUCUCACAAGAAUUCCCUCUUUUCCAAUAAAUAUUUAUUUUUA